AUGGCAUCAGGAUUGGUCUUCAUCACAGGCGCAACGGGCUUUAUUGGCAGUGCUACAGCCCUGGCAGCCCUAAAGGCAGGGUAUCGUCUGCGAAUCGCUAUCCGCCGAGAGUCACAGAUCGAAAAGAUCAAAAGUGUUUUUUCGGAAUAUGCAGACAGCCUUGAAUUUACUAUCGUUCCUGAAAUUGUCGCUGAAGACGCGUAUACGGGAAAACUCGGUGGUGUGGACUUUGUUCUGCACAUUGCGUCACCCAUGCCUCGAACUCUGGACAAAACCGAUUACUUUGACCCUGCAAUCAAAGGAACUGUGAACAUUCUUGAAGAAGCUUCAAAAGUGCCAAGUGUUAAAAAGGUGGUUAUCACCUCGUCAGUUCUUUCUCUCAUCCCUCUGGCCGGGGUUCCCGAAGGUGGAAUUGUCACUGAGGAAUCAGGAUGGGACCUCAGCGUUGACGUUAAUUCGGACUUUUCCGGUCCAACCAACCAGGCAACCGCGUUUUCACUGUACCGAGCCUCUAAGAUCCUCGCCAACAACGCCACUUGGGAUUUCCAAAAACAGAAAAAACCUCAUUUUGAUCUCGUGACCAUUCAUCCGACCUUCGUUUACGGCCGCGACCUCUUACAGACUACACCUGAAGAAAUUGGUGGGACAAAUGCACUUUUAUGGAAUGCACUGACUUCUGGGGAACCGUCACUUUGGUCGAGCUACGUCAAUGUCCGGGAUGUGGCCACUGCCCAUAUUAACGCCCUAGACUCUCGCAUUACAGAUGGAUCUAGCUAUGCCCUUGCCGCUAAGAAGACAACAUGGAAGGAAGUGGCUCGGCUAUUAAAGAAGAACUAUGCGGAUAUCGGACGAUUCAAGUUGACAGACAACGCACCAGGAAGCCCUUUACCAAUCGAUGGGUCCAAGGCAGAGAGGGAGCUAGGGAUUGAUUAUGUGUCAUUGGAGACCACAAUCAAGGAUGUCGUUGACCAGAACGUUGGCUUGAUUGAAGCUCGUGCUUAG